UUCAGUUUACCUUCAGAUUCUUGAAAGGCAGGUGUUGGCAGAUCUUUGUGGGCUUCUCCAUGCGCAUGAUACCCAUUAUCCGACUGGCUUGCCCAGCUAGUUCAGAGGACACCAGCGAGCAGCAGGUUGGAAGGUACGGAGAAGGAGGCGACGAGGAGGAGGAGGCGGCGGAAGGCGACGGCGAGGAAUUUGAUUCCUCGGAGUUUGAUGACGAGGAGAUCGAGAACCUGCUGGAUGAGAAGCUGCCCGACGAGUUGCGCGAAUCCAAGCAGCCCAAAUAUGAGCAGCGUUUCAAGACUGUGCUCGAAGAGAAGCGCCUGAACCAUUUUGAAGUGCUGCCGGAGGGCUGGGUGCAGGUGACCCACAACAGUGGCAUGCCGCUCUUCCUGCACAGAAAAACCCGCGUCUGUUGUGCCUCCCGACCUUAUUUCCUCGGCACAGGAAGUGCCCGCAAGCAUGCCGUGCCCUUGGGAGCAGUUCCUUGCCUUAACUACAGGCGAGCCUUGGACGAGGAGUCGGAAGUGGAGCAGCAGAAACCAGAUGGAGCCGCUCCAGCAGCUGUGUGCCCCAUAACCGGUGCUACAGCCCCACCGGCAGAGCCCAUGGAUGUGGAGGGAAAGGAGAACAACGAAGGUAGUUCCGAUCCCAAAUCUCAACAAGAAAACCUAACUGCUCUAAUGCCAGCUGCCAAAAUCGUCACGGUUAACGAGAAUACGCAGAAAGAAUCAAUAACGCCAGAACAACUGAAUACCUACUGUCAAAAGCUGUUUAAAUUUAAGGUUAUCCGCGUGCUGCGCUUUCGGAGUUGGAAUGCCCGUCGCAAGUUCACAAAAAACCGCAAGCACAUCAAGAAUAUCCAACGGCCCACACUGCCCGAUGGCACUAAACUAAUUAAAUUCCCCAUUUUGGCGGCUGCCGGCGAGGGAUCAACCACUUCGCGCGCUCGAAAGGAGUGGAUCAUGAACCCCAACGGCAAGAGCUUCGUCUGCAUCCUACACGAGUAUGUGCAGCAUGCUCUGAAAACUCAGCCAACUUAUGAGUUCAAAGAGCUUCAGAAUGCCGCUACUCCCUACUCUGCCACCGUGUCGGUGAAUAAUCUCAAGUACGGAACGGGCUAUGGCACCAGCAAAAAGCAGGCCAAGUCGGAGGCGGCACGGGAAACGCUGGAAAUACUAAUUCCGGAUGUCAAGGAUAAAAUCACAGGCAAUAACAAGGACCAAAAGAGUGGCACCGCUAAGAAGGCCCAAAGCGAUCUGUCUGUUUUCGAUGACAUCCGCAUUGAGGAUCCACGAGUCACCGAAUUUUGCAAUAAGACGACGGAACCUUCUCCCAACGCCAUUCUGCUGACUUGUUUACAGCGCAACUACGGCAGCGAUGUGCAGAUCAACCAGGAGAUCAAUCGCACGGCAAACAACAAGAAUGAGUUUACCAUGACCGUGGGCAAACACACAGCAAAAGUGGUUUGCAAAAACAAGCGGGAAGGCAAACAAUUGGCCUCACAGGCUAUCCUUCAGAUCCUGCAUCCACACAUCCAGACCUGGGGUUCUUUGCUGCGCCUGUAUGGCAACAAUUCAAUAAAAACCUUCAAAGAGAAGAAGCUAGAGGAACAGGAGAUUACCGUGCUGCAAAGCAAGGCGGCUGUGAAUCAGCCCAACUACGCCAUUCUGGACAAACUCAAAACCGAGAUGCUCAAGCUGUGCGCCAAGCAGGAAAGUGUGCUAACCAUGGGCUCCUUUGUGCCGCCCAGCGAUGUCGAUCUGCCCACUUCCUCGGGGUCUAAUCUGAAUAACGUCGAACUCUGAUCAGGGGACAUAAAUUCUCUCUUUCCAACUGCGAUUCUGUAGUACCGCAUGACGACGUCCUAGUUACCCAGUUCCAUUUUCCAAAUGCUUAUGCCAACAACGACGAGUUCUCUAGGGGCACAUGAACUGAUUUAAAAUUGGCCCGGCUUUUAUCAUAAAAGCAAUAGUGGCGAGCCAAUCUGAACAGGCCAAUAAUGAGCAAUUAAUUAUCAAAAGGCUUUAACAAGUGGCCAAAAAUAAUGAACAAUUGCUGAUCAAGUGGCUUUACGUUGAGGUAAAUCCAUAAUUAAAUUUGCCAAAUAUAAGUAGCUCAUUUUUGCAGUAGCAAAGAAGAGGGGUUUAAAUAUCAUACUAUACAAAUAAGCUAAAAUAAAAUAAAUUUAAAAAAUC